AUGGCGACCCCUACCGAUUCCUCCGACACUCUGAUAACCAUUCCCUCCCGCGUCCACCACCCCCAACCAAAGACAAUGUCUAUGGAAUUAGAUCUUGUCUCAGCAGCUGAACCCCCACUCCCAGCAAUUCCAAAGCUCAACCGUGAAGCAAGCGAUAUUACCUGGCAAGAAUGUCUCGAGUCAACAAAAGACCAAGUGACCCUUGUCCGUCGAGGAGGUCGUUUUCGCCUCCUCCACCAACAACAAUUCAAAAACAGCCUGCUAGCGAGCGUGGGCUACCUGGAGCUCGCGAACGCAGGCGAUUUCGCCGCCAACGUCUGGAACGAGAUCCCCGUACCUAGGUUCGCCGCCGUGCUCAUGGGAAUCGGAGGUACGCUGGCGCUGGGAAUGGUACUGGUUGCCAUUCAGGAUUUCCGACUGAGUCGGAAGAACGUGCAGCUGCUACAGGCCGAGAAGGAACAUCUCCAGCGGCUGCGACAAUGCCACAACAAAAACGCCGAGCUGGUCCGGCUCAUUGAUAGUCGUCUUGGGGUUUCACGCCGCGAGAUUGGAACGGAGAUUGUUGACCGAAUUGUGAUGGAUGUGUUGAUGGGUUUUGGCUCGAUGUUGGUUGGUGUCGGGACGUUGAUGGCGAUUGGUGGUGCCAAUCCCCAUGUUUACAAAGCGAGUAAUCUGCUCUCGGGAUACAUUGGAAAUGGCCUAGCGGCAAUCUUUGGUUUGGCGAACGCCGUAUGGUCUGCAUAUUUGAUUCAUCGAUUCCGUAUGCACGACGCCGCGACUUCUGCCCGCGAGCCGAGCGAUGAUAUCCGACGCCGGCUGCAUACUCGCUUCCGACGCUUCCAGUGGCAUGCCAUUGUCAACGGUCUCAAUGGGCUAGUUGCUGGUGCUGCAUCUAUGGUAACUGCCGAGCGGUGGUGGGGAUAUAUCGUGCUCAUACCAUGCAUAAUCUCCCUAAUUCUGUGCAACUACUUUUGGCGCAAGAAAAUAGGCUACGACCGCCCCGUUCUCGGCGAGAUAUCUCCGGACAAAAUCCACAUGACACCUCUUAUUGAAGACCUCGAAUACGUGAUUCUGAUGCAGCGCGGCCUUGCCGAACCAGAGGACUCCCUCCCGCAAGCCAUCGUCCAACUCGACUCCCUAGACUCAAUCCUGCGCUUCGUCGUCCGCGAACGAAUGCUAGAGACAUACUGCGAGUCCCUGGCCCGCGACAAAACAACCCGCCACCUCCUCGUGGAACUGCCCUUCCUAAGCACCUGCCCCGAUCAAAUCACCGUGUCUCUUGAGGCCCUCUUCCGCCUCUCACAAACCCAUCGAGCUACCAUCCUAGCGCACGCCAAAAGAUUCCUUCAAACAACCGGCGUCCGCGUCUUCACACAUCGCGAACGACAUCUCCUCGAAUUACUGGGUUUCGCCAUCUGGCAGGACCAGAUGAAUGAAACGAAAGAUGAACUAUAG